AUGGUGGACGGAGCCAUGCCGCGCCGCUACACGCUGCAGCCGGCCGCGGGCGACGCUCCCGACAUGAGCGUGCUCUCCAGCGAGGCGGAGACCGCGGCCGCCAACGGCAGCAGCGGGGGCGCGCCUGCGGCGGACGGGGACGCGCUGCGCUUGGUGAAGCCACGCCUGGACGGCAUUGUUUCACAGAAGUACGACGCCGUGCCCGCACAGACGAGCACGCGGGCGGGGCAGGGCGGUGCCGCGGCCGACGAGGCCUACAGGGCGCUCACCCGCAAGCGCACCCUGGCCAGCCUGCAGAAGGGGCGGUCGGUGGCGGUCAUCACGGACCCAAAGGCGGCAACGAAGCUCUACCAGCAGCAGCACCACCGGACGGCGCUCUACGUCAAGCACACACAGGCGAGCAUUGGUUCCGGCGGUGGCUUCGGUUGGCCCUGGGCUGACAAGGAGGAGUACGAGGCGCGCUCCGCCCGCGAGCUGAAGGGGCCCGCCCUCAACCGCCGCGUGCGCAUGGAGCGGCCCGAGCUGGAGCAGGCGCUCUUUGCCCUGUUCGAGCGGCAGCCGCACUGGGCGUUCAUGGCGCUGCAGAAGGAGACGGACCAGCCGGGGGGCUGGCUGAGGGAGGUGCUGUCUGAGGUGGCGCUGCAGGUCAAGAGGGGCCCACACAAGGAUUUGUGGGAGCUGCAGAAGCAGUACAAGGUGGCAGGGGGCGGCGGCGGCGGCAACGGCGGCGGCGGCGCGGUCUGA